AUGAGUGACAACAUCGCGUCUGGUAGCACGCACACGCUCGAUACGGGCGGCGAAGAGGACCAUGUCCAUCCAAGAGUGAGUGUAUGCAUCCCGGAAGCCGAGAUGGUCGGAACUGCAGAUACGAGCGUGGCCAAUGCUUCGCAUUUGCGGAGUCAGCUCCGCUUGGCGAUGGUGAUUACCGAGUGCACGGCUUCGGCAUCUUGCGGAUAUCAUAGGCCUCGAUUGCCCAGCUGUUGUAGCGCGAUGGCAUGACAUCUGUCACGCAUACAUACUGUCGCAGCGCCACUUCCCCAGCUGACAUUUGAGGUGUUUGUGGUCUCAUUCGGUACACAGGACAGACUGAAGGGACGAAAGGGCAUCCUUGCCCAACGUGCGCGCUACAAGCGCAAAAACGACAAUCGCAAGGCUGCCAAAGCAGCAAAGCAAGCCCUGGAACAAACAAUUCCAGAACCUGUCAGCGAAGAAGAGGGCACGGGCAGUGGCAGCCGCGAAGAUGUGCAAGAUGCGGCUGAGAAGGCCAUUGUUGCCGCGUGGCUUGCUGUGUGGCUCAUGACUCUAUUGAAACUUGUUGUCAAGAUUGUUGACUACAUCUAUCUCUGGAACGAAUGA